UCCUUGCUGGCUUGCUGCUGCUGGUGUAGAGCCUGGCUAGGGGAGAGAAACCGUGGGAGAAGGUAGAAAACGUAUGAUUAAAAAAAAGAAGUAAAGUUCAGAUUGAUAGACAUCUGGCAACGGUGAAGAAAGUAACCGAACAGGUAUCACCAGCAACUUGGCAACAUCUCUUCUCUCCCCUGGCUCUCCCAGUGCUUAAGGACACCACCCAACACAUCAUAUCAUUAAGUCACCCAGUGCCUCUGUACCUGAUCGAUCAUUAAACUCCUCUUCAUCUUCACCAGUGCAAAAAAAAAGUAAACUUACACCAGCAGGACAAGAAGAAUCACAAAGGAAGUGAUUUUUUUUUCUUUUUAAAAAAAAAAGAAGCAUUUUGAUCAAAGUCAGAUGAACCACAGCUACCAAAGUUUCGUGUCAAUAUUGUAAUCAGCUCAGUAUCCAAACCUCUUUUUAGUCUAAACCUUAAAAAAACAAACAAAAAAAAACUCGUCAUCACUCAUCAGCAUUACUCUCGUCACGUCUAACUGAAGAAACCUGCAGACAAACAUAGCACCAUUAUGGCCUCCAUCACCUACUCAUCCGAGCCCGAGAUCCCGGACAACCACAAAGAGAGCUGGCUGGCGCUACUUUCUGCAGCGGAAGCGUAUUGCCAAAAGUCUGGCUGUGACCUGGCCAUUCUUACGGCUUGUAAGAAGUUCAGGUCACUGGCCGGAGAGGGAGAGGGGGUGAGGAAACGGGAGAGCAGCAGUGCCUUUCCCACAGAGUGUGAUUUCUCCUAUAACGUGUGGGGGCAAGGCUUUCUUGCCGAGUCGGCGCGUCGCUACAUGGACGACAUCGGCGUGCUGCACUCCACGACCAUGCUAACAGCCCAAAAACACACGCGCCAAGCGGGAGGAGAGGGAGCGACCAAGCUGGUGGUUGACCUUACCUCUGACCCGGCGCAUAGAGGGAACUAUACAGGAGACGGCAGCGUGGGCGGAGUCAGUCCCAACAGCAGAAUGUACUCCCAAAGCUACCCGUCGAUCUACAGCUCGGGAGCCCUGAUGGGUCAGGGCGCCGCGCAGAACGGCAACGGGGAGAGAGAGAGGGAGAAGAGCCUGCUGGAGGCCGAGCGGGGGAGACAGAUGUCGGCCAUCGUGGACCUGGAGGAAGAGUGUGAGGAUGAGGAAGAUGAGGAGGAUAUGGAUGAGAGGAGACCCUACGGGAAUGAAAGUGCUGGGGUCUUCUCGAUGGACGAGGACUCUCUAUCUCGGGACUGUGAGCCGUUCUUUGAAUCCGAUGGGGAGGAGGAGAGCACGGAUGGCUCUCUGAGUGAGGACGCCCCUCCACCGACGCGCGGCAUGGCCAUGGGGCAGGCUUCGUACUCGUCCCGGCACGCCAACACCAUGGCUCUGGCCCGCUCGCUUCCCGUGUCUGUGCCUGUGUGGGGCUGCAGGGGCGGCAGAGCUGCUCCGGGGGACAACAGCAGUGGAGAACGGGUGGGCUGCGCUGAUCUGGAACACAUCGCUGCCAGCAUGAAGGCCCUGCUGGCCCCCGGAGCCACCGAUGGGACAGAAAUGUUUGGGGCCUUGCCUCGGCCCCGUCUUAACACAGGAGACUUCUCCCUCAAGCACUGAGAGAGAGAGAGAGAGAGAGAGAGAGAAUCAGAACGAAAACAUGAAAGUGGAGGGAUGUUGUGUAAUGACAGGAGAAAACCCGAUCAGCUGGCAGAUGUGGCGUUCAGUAUGUGAAGCAGUGUGAAAGCUAGUACCUCCAUGCACUAACCAAAAUUAACGGCACAUGCUUCGAGGAGUAACUUACAAAAAAAUGUUAUAAACACUAAUGACAUCUAAAACACUAGCCCCCCCAUCCCCUCUUUGUCACUACACAUUUCACAGGGCCACUAUCCCACAUCACUACAAUAGGAUCGGACCUAAAGAUGUCCAACAGGGACACUAAAACUACCUGGCCGAUUGUGAAUUGUUACAAACCGUCUGCGCUGAUGGAGGUUUGUGGAAGCUUGGCCUCUGGUAAAAAAAAAAUAAAAUAAUCCUAUGAGAUGAUGAGAACCUUAGAAACAGCCGUUGAUAUGGGGUUGAUCGUUGGCUUUGGUGCUGCUCUAAUGGCUGAUACCAUUCUGAGCUAAGUGCUGUAAAAUACAGACUGGAAGCAAAGAUAAAAGCUAGCCUGACCAUGUCCAAAUUCAAAAUUACUCCCAAAACACCUUUAAAAUUACAUAAGUAACACCUUAGGAAAUCUAUUUUUUAAUCUGUACACAAGCAGGAAUACAAUAUCGCAAGUUGUAGUUCCCAAGUGUGUCCUUAGCGUUAUCCUGCAUUAGCAUAACGUUGGCAAAACAGAACAACAACCACUGUACUGACAUCAAAGGGGUUAAGCUAACUGCUAGCCUUGUAGCCACAUCUCAUAAACACCUGAUUUAAGACGACUUAGCCAAGUUAUACUCUGAGCAGUAAAACAAGGGAACAUAAUAAAGUGCUAUAACUAAGUUUUAAAAGAGGUUCAUUGAUUAUAUAAGUUCAUUACAUUGUUUAAUUUAGAUAUUGCUACCAGCAUUGGUGGUUUUACUGCAAUCUUGAAAAUGUUUGUUGACACUCAACCAAUGGGAGAUAUCAUUUCUGUCGGUGUAGCCUUUAGCUAGCUGUUUCCCCCUGUUACCAGUAGUUAUGCUAAGCUUAGCAUUUUCCAGCUCUUGCUUUAGGCCUUGCUAUCAUACAGGGCAGUAAAUGCUAAAUUCUUAGCAUGUAGCACAAGAGCCAGUGAUCUCCCUGAAUCAUAUGGAUGUUUUCUCUUCAUGCUCUUUUCCUUUAA